AUGUCCAUGACCUCGGAAGAAGAAGUCGACGAAGACGGCGUCCGCCCAGCCGACAUUGAUGCGAACCGCCCCAUCUCGCGCCACGACUCGUCCGACUCGGGGAACCUACCAACCCACUCGGGCAGUGACCGCUCCAACAACAACAACCACAACGACCACCCCAACCACGACGGCGGGCCACAAAACCCAUUCUCCCCCGUUUCCAUAUCCGACUCAGGUGGUGAUGACGCCCGCCAUGGCGACGACGAACAGGAUGAAGACGCAGACGAAGACUUUGACGACUACGACGACGACGACAGUGAAGAUGAAGACGACGAAGACGACGACGAUGACGACGACGAUGACCCUCCACAACCACCCAUAAACCAACACACCUUCGCACCACCCUUCUACGGCCGCCCACCUACACCAUUACCCCCUUCACCCUCGUUAACAUCCCUCCUCCGCCCAUCACGGCCCACCACCCCCGACGCGUCGGACGACGACGGCCACGGCCACGGCCACCGCAACGGAUACCGACACAGCAUAGGGGGCCACGACGGUGGCGGCGACGGCGGACACGGGAGUACCACCGCAGGCGGCGGGUCACAUCAACACCAGCCGGGGGAACCCGUGCCGCGUGCCCGGCCACGCGUGCCGACGUACGAGUACUACGGGUUUGUGCUCUACCUGCUCAGUUCGUUGGUGUUUUUGGUGUAUCUCCUGUGGAGUUACCUGCCUUCGCCGUUCCUGCAUGCGCUGGGGAUCUAUUACUAUCCGAACCGGUGGUGGUCGUUGGCGAUUCCGAGCUUUUUGGUCAUGCUGCUGGUGUAUAUCUAUGUUGCGCUGGCGUUGUAUAAUGUGGAGAUUUUGACGCUGCCGUUGGAGAGUGUUGAGACGGUGGUGGAUGAGGCGGCGAUGGUGGCCGUGGUGGAUUCGAAGGGGCGGAUUGUGAGGGGUGGUGGGGGGGAGAAGGGGAAGAGGGGGAAGGGAGAGGGAGGUGGUGCUGGAGGAGGGAGGAGGAGAAGGGGGACGGUGACGAAGGAGAAUAGUGGUGGGAAUGCGGGAGAAGGGGUGGUGUUGAAUUGGAGGGAGGUUUGGAAUGAAGGGACGGAUGCCGUGAUGGAUGUGCCGCUUGCGGGGGUGUGCGAAGUGUUGUAUGGCGAGGGGAGGGACUGGGAUAGUGACUUGGAGGAUGAAGAUGUGGUCAUUACUAGGAUUUAA